UCUCUCUGAGUCUCUCCCACAUAUGGCUCUUCAAAGGACAAGGCACUUCCUUUCCUUUCCCUUUCCCUUUCGGAUUACAACAACAACAACAACCUUCUCCUUACUGCCUUGUAAUCGGAGACCACUCUGCGUCUUCUCUCUUCACGCUCAGUUUUCUUCUACCAAAAACCCUAAAGAUGAUGAGCACAAGAGACUCUCCUUCACCAUUGAUUAUCUUGUCGACUCUUGUGGGUUAUCUCCGGAUUACGCCAUCGUAGCCGCUCGUAAGCUCCUGCUUGAUUCUCCCGAACGCCCCAACACCGUCCUGAGCCUCCUUCGCGACCAUGGAUUCUCCACCGCCCAGAUCUCCAGCCUCGUCAAGAAACGCCCCGUUUUGCUGCUCGCCAAUGCUCAAUCCGUUCUCCUCCCAAAACUCCGAUUCUUCCUCUCCAUCGGCGUCUCCAAAUCCUUACUCGCCCGAACCCUUGCCUCUGAUCCCACCAUCUUGACCAGGAGCCUCGCCAACCAGCUUAUCCCUUCCUACAAUUUCCUCAAGAGCGUUCUCGACUCCGACACCAAGAUCGUCGCUGCGCUUCGCCGGACCACCUGGGUUUUCCUCGAGGACCACACCAAGAACCUCGUCCCCAACAUCAACUACAUGUCCGAGAUGGGCGUCCCCGAUAAAUGCAUCCAGCUCCUCCUCACCCAUUUCCCCGAGGCUGUGAUGCAAAAGAACCACGACUUCCGCGCAAUCACGACGCAGGCCAAAGCCAUGGGAUUCAAUCCCCAAAAAUCAACCUUUGUGCUGGCCAUUCACGCUCUCUCUGGGAAAUGCAACAAGUCCAUAUGGGACAAGUGUUUCGAGGUCUACCAGAGAUGGGGCUGGUCCGCAGACGACAUCAUGUGCGCAUUCAAUAAGCACCCGCACUGUAUGAUGCUCUCGGAGAGGAAGAUCAACACGACGAUGGAGUUUCUUGUCAAGGAGAUGAAUCUGGCGCCUAGAUCGAUCGCAAAGUGUCCCGUCGUUCUCUUCUUCAGCCUAGACAAGAGGAUUAUCCCAAGAUGUUCCGUGAUUAAGGUUUUGGCAUCCAAGGGGAUGGUGAAGCAAGACUGGAGCUUGACGUCAUUGUUGGUCCCUGUGGAGAAAGUGUUCUUGGAGAAGCUCGUGAUCAAGUACGAGGAGGAGUUGCCUGAGUUGAUGGAUGUGUAUAGAGGAUACACCAAUCUCUGAGCUUUUCUUUGUUUGCCUGUUUAGAGAAGACUUUUUAGUGUAUUCCAUUUUUGGUAAUAAAGGGAGAGUU